GCAAGGUAUGGGGUGUAUGAUAUUGAAGCGAGGCACCUCAAACGAAGGCCUUCUGCACAGCAGCAGCUCACGGGCACAUCUUGCUGCAAAAGGCUCCAGCAGUUUGACCUCGUGUGUGAGGAUUCCUGGAAGUUGGACCUCUUUCAGUCUGCUGUGAAUGCUGGGUUUCUUAUUGGCUCCAUAGUCAUUGGCUACAUCGCAGACAGGUUUGGCCGUAAAUUUUGCCUCUUAACCACAAUUUUUGCAAACAUUAUCUGUGGAAUCCUUCUGGUCUUUGUGCCCACCUACCUGUGGAUAGUCAUCAUCCGGUUCCUGCAAGGGCUGGUCAGCAAGGGCUGCUGGACUGCAGGCUACAUCCUGGUGACAGAAGUUGUCGGUCCACAGUACCGGAGGACGGUGGGCAUCCUCUACCAGACGGCCUUCUCCGUUGGGCUCCUGGUCUUCGAUGCCAUCGCUUAUGCCAUCCCUCACUGGCGGUGGCUGCAGCUCACUGUCACUCUGCCGACCUGCUUCUUCCUUCUCUACUACUGGUGCCUCCCAGAGUCUCCCAGGUGGCUGAUAUCUCAAGGAAAAAAUGACAAAGCUAUGAAAAUUGUCAGUGAUAUAGCUAAAAAAAAUCAGAAAAAGUUGCCUUCCCAUUUUGAG